AUGGCUCUGGCUUACUUGGCUUCGUCUUCAAUCAAAGCAAACCUCCGAGUCCUGGAGACGCCUCGAAGCUUCAGAGAAUGGCCGACCUGGGCAGGAGUGAUGUCUGUCAAGUGGGUCCUUAAUGCUCUGACAAUCGGGCUGAAAUGCUCAAUUGUAAAAUGCAAUUUCCGCAACUUGUGGCUUGCAGAUUCGUCAAUUUGGCAAGCAUCAAUAAUAACAUUGGUACUAUUUGGGGACGGACAAGGGGAGGAAUACGAUGAGAGGGAAGAGGUGGGAGACGGCGAGUCUGAUGCUUGUGAAGACGACGAUGAAACCCUUGGUUCGUCUUUUGCGUACUCAGAGUAA